UCAUCCUGAGCAGUUAUACAAUUCCGGUAUCCACUGUGUGUGUGUGGUUUUAUUUUUGUCCGGCGCCUUUCGCACCUCCAAUUCCGAUGGCUAAUUUAUGUGUACCGUUUCGAUUAGCCCGGUGUGUCGCCGUGGGUCGACCACGGAUCCUUAUCCUUUCGCACCAUUAUCGCAAGCAGCAAUACAAAACAAAACAAAACAAAAAUCACACCACAUAGGUCACACACCACCAUCAAGGGCUGACCCCGCGUGGGCGGAUGGUUUGGUGCCACGUGCAUCAAAAAAAGGGGAAGCAACAGCAAACCGCCACCCAACCCCUCUUCUUAACGAUCUGCGCACGGCGAAUGAUGAUCAUUACAUUAGUCAAUAGCAAUGGUACACGGACCGGUGGUCUCACCUAUGUAUGGAAGUGUUUUCGUCGUCAUCGGAUGUUAUUUUCCAGGAAGUGAGAUGAUGCAUCGACCAGGAUCACGGAGGGACUGGCAGAAAUGGUGGUCGGACCAGGGGGCAGGAAGGAUCGGGAUUGCAGUAUAAAAUCGGUACGCCCUGCCAGUGGACAUUCUCAUUCGCUGGUGGACCGUAGACCGUGCCGUGUGCCAGUGCCCAGAAACGUGUGGUUGCGCAUUCAAGUGUUCGCGGUUUAGUGUUGGCGUACAGGCGUGUAACAAUAUAGUUGUGUGUGUGAGAGAGAGAUAGAGAAAGAUGACCGUGGAAGGGCGUGCUCGUUAAGAGUGGUCGCGGUCGGUGGUGAACGUUCCGGAAUUUCCGUUGGCGCGUUAAGAAGCGUUCGGGCAAGCAGUGCGGACCAAGCUGGCAGGGGUACGGUGCGCCAAAAUGUGGCUACCGUUGGCGCUGUGCGUGCUGUUGGAGUUUGCCGACAUUGUCAGUGCAUCGGGCGGGCUGGACGAUGCGCUCGAGGUCACGUUCAGCGAGCGUACCCGUGCCGACUGGGAGAAGGUGUGGCACCAGGAGAGUCAUUCGCGCUGCCGGGAGAAACUGAUACGCCAUCUGUACUGGGCCUGCGAGAAGGACAUUUAUCGGAUUUCGAGACGCAGCGGCGAUGGCAACGGUAACGCCGGGAUGGUGGAAAAGCGUACGAGCAUGGUGGACGAGGGCCCGCUCGUGCCGUACCCGUGGGCAAUUGAUCGCGAGGUGGCGUACGCGUUUCUGCGUACCCGGCGCACUGGGAAGCGCCGAUCGGGCGGGUCAAUUACGGCGGAGUGCUGCACGCGCACCGGCUGCACCUGGGAGGAGUACGCCGAGUACUGUCCGUCGAACAAACGCUUGAACCAGUAUCGGCGAAGGAAGUAAUAGGCGGUACUGGUGGGCCAACGCGAAUGUAUCCGUGGUGAUGGUGAGGUCUUUGCCGGUCGUGGAUUUGUGACGGAAGGCAUGGGAUGCAGGUGGAGGUAGAACGGGAAGAUUUCUCGGUAUUCUUGAUCAUCGUACGCAGCAGCAUCGGUUGUAUAUUGCAGCACAUUUUUUGUUUGUAUUUGUAAUGUGAAAUAAAGGAAUCCGCACUAUACAAACAGAAGAAAAAUGGUGUUAUU